AUGCCCCGCCUCUCCCUCGCCCAGACUCUCCCGCCUGAACUCCUCUCGCGCAUCUUCGGCUGGCUCGUCGAGAUCAGGUCUGGCGAAAAACCCAACUUUCUCAGAGCCAACAUAAAGAACCUCGUCGAGUGGCCGUGGACUGCCAACAUCCCGGACUUGCGCGACUGCACUCUCGUCUGUCGACGCUGGCGCCCUCAGGCCCAGCAAAUGCUGUUCCGCUCAAUUGCGAUGCGGGAAGUGGACGACAAGAAGCUUCUGAACCAGCUCCGAAUCCAGCCUGAGCUGGCCGCAGCGGUGCGAGUCCUGGACAUCCAGCUGGUGUCGAAGGACUUCGUCAUCGACCUCGAGUCCGAUGACUGCGCCAGCGCGAUCCGGCGGAUCGAAGCCCUCUGCAACACUCGGCUAUCCAUACUCGAGCUCUGCACGCGAGCGUGCCAUCUCGUCAUCGGCGACGUUGUGCCUUCGCAACGCGAACGCCUCGUCGGGAUUCUCGACAGCUUGCCCCUCAAGUCGCUCAUCGACGUCGAGGUGGACUCGUCCCGAUACUAUCCUUCCUCUCGGGGGCUUGUAUGGCUUUCGGUACUCGAGUUGUGCAGCCUGGCGCAACGACCGACGCUUCGGAACCUUGCCGUCUUUUCCCACAGGGACGAGCACGCCUACACUUCGCCGUUUGUACCUAUCCCCGGCCUUCACUCCCACCUGACCGCCCUCAGCAUGCAAAUCUCGCACACGCAAGACGCACGCAGGCUGAUUGCGAUGGCAGCAGCGACUUUGCGUCGCCUCAGCAUUGUCUCCCGUAAUCCUCUUCCCGGCCACAUCUUCGCCCCGAUCUUUGCCUCGCUCUCUCUUCUCACAGAGUUGGACGUGUUCGUGCGGGUGAACAUCGAGGGCGGCGAGACGAGCUGGUUUUCGACGAUCCUCCCGAAAUUGGGCUCUCUCAAGCGUCUUGCCGUGAACAUCCACUUUGCGGAUGUCUCAACUCUUUUGGCUGCCCCAUCAAAGGUGCAAGAUUUAGGCUACUGGACCGACGAGACACGGCGGCGACCGUCUGCCCCUUUUCUCCGAAGUCUUCAGGCAGCCUUGAGCACCAGCUGGACUCCCCUUCCCUACUCAACGCUACGCGUUCCCGACCCCGAGAGCUCAGGCGACGAAGUUAAGCGCGAGUACGCCGCUUUGGUCGACGUGUGUCGCAGCCGCGGGGUCGAGUUGCAGGGUCUGCCGGGAACAGGUUACCACCCGCUUAUGCGCACGCAGAUCUCUUUCUUCUGA